CACUUCCCAAGCAUAACCAAAUCUACUCGCUUCCAUACCAAAAUCCCUAAACCGUCCGAUGCAAUGUAUCCCAUUCAAAGCCGACCAACGAAUCUCACUUGCGAAAUCCAUGGAAUCUUCUGCACUGUCGAGAUCCCACUUGACACCCUUGAUCAUAUCUUAACUGCCGCCUACGAAAAACGGCCCUACCUCCGGCGAUCCCUCAUCUUGAUGACCACCCUCGCCCCCGACCAGCUCCAGAACCUCACCUUUGACGACGUCACCAGCCCCCCCAUCACCGAGCACUUCGUCUCACCGUUUCUGGGCUGGAACACUCAAGCCAUCAAGACCUUUCUGGCUGAAGGUGUCCCCAAAAACUCGCUUCUUGAUUAUAGAAUUUCGCUUAUUGCGGAUGCGCAAACGCUCGAGGACGAUUCCCUUCUAUUCGUUGUUGGGUAUAAUCCGGAAGAAUGGGAAGUGGUUCGGGUGGCAGGGGAAUAUGCCAAUGUUGAGGCGACAAGGCUGAAUCAUGGAGCGAGAUCUAUUGAUUUUUUGAUUGACUUGGUGGAUGAGGAUGGGGUGUAUAAGGGUGUUUUGGGGCAGCCUGCUGUGGAGGAGCUGGAGGACGACGCGAUUUUGCUUGAUGGGGAUUAUUAGGGGGGUGGCAUCACGGUCGAGAGUGGUAUUUAGUCUGAUUUAG